AUGUCGGCCCUCUCCGCCCCACCCAGCAGGGGCCCAGGCAUAUGCGCCAUGCGGGGCAGCUGCGGCCGGACCUCCAUCUUCGGCGCCGACCUCCCGUGUCCGGACGACGCCCACGCCACCCAGACCAGCGACGGCCUUCUCCAGCUCAUGGCCAACGUCUGCGGCCCCUCCUAUACGCCCCCAGACCACGUCUGCUGCACCUACGAGCAGCUCGCAACCCUUUCAGAUCGUCUCCAGCAAGCCGCACCGUUGAUCGCCUCGUGCCCAGCUUGUAUCAACAACUUUCGCUCAUUCUACUGCGACUUUACCUGCUCCCCCGACCAAUCCCUGUUCUUGUCUGUCACUUCAACCCAAAAGACUACCGAAGGCAAGGAUGCCGUCAAGGAGGUAGACUACGAAGUCAGCACCGAGUUCAAGGACGGCUUCUUUGACAGCUGCAAAGAUGUCCAGUUUGGGGCAACGAAUGGUUUUGCGAUGGACCUUAUUGGAGGCGGAGCGCAUAACGCCAGUGGCUUUCUCAAGUAUAUGGGCGAUCUGAGACCAGGUCUCGGAUCGCCGUUCCAAAUCAACUUUCCCGACAACGACGACUCGCGGUAUACCCGCCAGCCUCUGAGCUGCUCCGAUGCGACCGACAUCAAUGCCCGGUGUGCAUGUGUAGACUGCCCGUCAGUCUGUCCUGAGCUUCCCUACGUGCCCCCGCCAGCAUCCAACAAAUGCCAUGUCGGAUCGGUCUCUUGUCUGACCUUUUCGCUCUUGAUCGUUUACUCUGUUACCAUUCUCUGCGGCAUCCUAUUCUACACUUGGAAACAAGCGCUCAAAUCUCGGCAGCGCCGAUAUGAGCGUGUUGCUCUACUUGACCCCCCUCAAUCGCCCACUUUAGCCGGCAACGGUAACAAUGGCCUUGACGGGCUCAUCGGUCGGGGCGACGAUGCCGAAUCCGGUCCAAGCGGGUCAAUCCACUUUCGUCUCGGUCGCGGCGCAAGCCUGCUCGACCCCCUCGAGCACCUUCAGCCCAAGCAAAAUAGGAUCAACGCCUCGCUCCGCCGCUUCUUCUAUCGCCUUGGCCUUGCGUGCGCCCAAAGGCCGCUGCAAGUCUUUACGCUGACGGCGUUUGUCGUCGGGUUGAUGAGCUUUGGGUGGAAGUGGUUCGAGGUGGAGACGGAUCCCGUGAGACUCUGGGUAGCUCCUGGGAGUGAGAGUGCCACUCAGAAGCACUUCUUUGAUGACAACUUUGGGCCGUUCUACAAGUCGGAGCAGGUGUUUAUCACUUUGCCUGGCGGGUCACCCGUCAAUCACGAUACGCUCAAAUGGUGGCUCCAAAUCGAGAGUGAUAUCGCCAAGCUCAAGACAAACAACGGUGUAGGUUUGGAGGAUGUGUGCUUUGCGCCGGCUGGGCAGGGGACGCCUUGCGUUGUGCAGAGUAUCUCGGCUUGGUUGGGAGAGGAUAUGGAGGAAUGGGGAGAAGGGUGGAGCGAGCGGCUUGCUGAUUGUGCUGAACGACCGGGGGAAUGCCUCCCUGCUUUCGGUCAACCGAUCGAUCCUAGACUGGUCCUCGGUGGCGCCGAAGGUGACUGGCUCAAUGCGAAAGCGAUCGUCACUACCUGGGUGCUCAACAACUACAAUGACGACAGAGUCAACCCCGCAGAGGAGUGGGAAACGGUCCUCAAAUCGUAUUUGAUCUCUUUGAAACAUCCCUCAAUCAAGAUCAGCUUUUCCACCGGAGUCAGUCUGGAGGAAGAACUGAACAAGAGUACCAACACCGACGUCAAGAUCGUGGUGCUCUCGUACUUGGUCAUGUUCCUCUACAUCUCCCUCACGCUCGGUGGCGGUCUUCCACCCAAUGUCAUCCAGGCCUUCACUCGACAGCUAUACCGUGCUGCAACCCGCAUCGGUGUCUACACUCGCAUUCUCAAAGAGCCCCAAGAAGACAACUCUGAUCCAUCCCCCAGUAUCAGCCUCAUACCAAUCCUUCUAUCCAUCAAUUCUCGCUUCUCUCUGGGGUUGUUUGGAAUUACCAUCGUCUUGGUUGCCGUUGCCUCGUCUGUUGGCAUCUUUUCCAUGAUGGGUGUGCGCGUCACUCUUAUCAUUGCAGAGGUUAUUCCAUUUCUCGUGCUCGCCGUCGGUGUCGACAAUGUGUUUAUCCUUGUCCAUGAGCUUGAACGACAAAACAGUCUUCAUGCUCAAGAGCCUGUGCGAGACGACGACGCCGAUAGCGUCCAUAGUGGCAGGCAACCUUCCGGCACUUCACUCGCCCCGGAGGAGAGAGUGGCAAGGGCAGUGGCGAGGAUGGGACCGUCUAUCAUGUUGAGCUCUGUCACGGAAGUGGUCGCGUUUGCAUUAGGGGCUUUGGUCCCUAUGCCUGCCGUUAGGAACUUUGCCAUAUAUGCCGCCGGGAGUGUCUUUCUCGGGGCGGUGAUGCAGUGCACGGUGUUCGUCAGUGCUAUGGCUUUGGAUCUUCGGCGAGCCGAGGCAAUGAGGAUGGACUGCUUCCCUUGCAUCCGCCUGCGCCCACCGAUCGGCCUGUAUGACAGUGACACUCCCCGAAGCGAGGGUGUGAUCAAACGAUUCAUGCGAACGACCUAUGCUCCAUUGUUGCUUCGUCACGAGAUGAAACAGCUGGUACUAGUGAUCUUUGGAGGUCUGUUUCUAGUUGCCACUAUUGGUAUUCAGCAUAUCACUCUCGGUCUUGACCAACGCCUCGCUCUUCCUUCUGACUCAUACCUUGUUUCCUACUUUGACGCCUUGGACUCCUAUCUUGACGUCGGGCCACCUGUCUACUUUGUGGUUCAAGGCGGUGACGCAUCCUCGCGUGAAGGCCAACAGCGGCUCUGCGGAAGGUUCACCACUUGCUUGGAACUCUCCGUGGCUAAUAGUUUGGAAGCGGAACGUAAACGCCCGGACAGCUCAUUCAUCGCAUCUCCCCCGGCUUCUUGGAUCGACGACUUUCUGCAGUGGACGAACCCAACAUUUGAAAGUUGUUGCCGCGUGCGCAAGCGCGAUCCCAGCGUGUUCUGUGCCCCGCGAGAUUCGGAGAGACUUUGCAGACCUUGUUUCGAAGGUUCGGACUGGGAUUCCACCAUGAGCGGGCUGCCAGAAGAGACAGAUUUCAUGAAGUAUCUUGAGCAGUGGCUAGUCUCGCCUACCAAUGCGGAAUGUCCUCUCGGUGGCCAGGCGGCCUACGGAGCUGCCUUGAAACUGUCUGAAGACAAUACUACCGUCGCCGCCUCUCAUUUCAGGACUUAUCAUACUCCUUUGAAAUCCCAAACCGACUAUAUCGACGCGUUGACGGCUGCUCAGCGGAUAUCUUCCGAGAUAUCCCACAGGACAGGAUUAGCGGUAUCACCGUAUUCCAUCUUCUACGUCUUUUUCGACCAAUACGAGCACAUCAAGUCUACCGCCGUGGAAGUGCUCUUACUCGCAUUCCUUGCUGUCUUGAUUAUCACAUCUACCCUGCUUGGCUCCUGGCGUACGGGUGGAACGGUUACCUUUACCUGUGCUCUUGCUGUGAUCAAUGUCAUGGGUAUCAUGGGCUUUUGGGGUAUCAGCCUCAAUGCGUUGUCGCUCGUCAACCUUGUAAUCAGCUUGGGUAUUGCGGUCGAAUUCUGCUCGCACAUUGCCAGAGCGUUCAUGGGCGCUGGAUCGGGGCUGCCGCUUGACAAAGCUGAUGGAAGGCGAGAGAUGGAUGAACGAGCUUGGACGGCUUUGGCAGAUGUUGGGCCCUCGGUCUUUUCUGGCAUCACUUUGACAAAGCUUAUCGGUAUCUCAGUCUUGGCUCUUACACGUUCCAAGCUCUUGGAGAUAUAUUACUUUAGAAUGUGGCUUUCGUUGAUUAUAUCGGGCGCCCUGCAUGGUCUUGUGCUUCUACCCGUGCUACUCAGCUAUGUCGGAGGACAGGGGUAUGCUUUAGAAGAUACAGACGAAGACUGGGUGACGAGCCAGAUGCGGAGACCGAUGGACUACGAGUAUGCCCCAUUUGCUGAUACGGACUCUAUGUCAGAUUGA